AGCUCCUAGACGAGGCUAAACAGCAAUAAGUAAUGGAAAGUUCCAAUUGGUGAGGCGAGAACUCGGCGGAUGAUUUACACGCGACGACGCACGCGAUGCUUCACUGUUCUCCGAAUCCGAGGCAGAACAAAUAAAUUAAACAACUUCAAUCAGAGGAAGCGCGACUAUCCUUUGGAUUCAUUCCAGGCGAAGAUCGCCGCUGAUUUAUCUGCUUAUUGGUUAGUUUAUCCGACGUGUUUGCAUUCCGCAUUCUUCACCGAAAGCCGGCGUCGUUGAGCCAUGGUUGACACCGCCGCCAGAACAGAGAUCUCGUUCCCUGGAAGGUUCGCGAGUAGUGCGAUCGCCGCCUGUUUCGCAGAGCUAUGUACAAUUCCUUUGGACACAGCCAAAGUCAGGCUUCAGCUCCAAAAGAAAGCAGUCACAGGAGAUGCAAUCGCUGCACCUCAAUACAAGGGAAUGCUGGGUACUGUUGCCACAAUUGCUAGGGAAGAAGGCUUGGCGGCGCUUUGGAAAGGCAUCAUUCCUGGUCUUCAUCGUCAAUGCCUGUAUGGAGGGUUGCGGAUUGGGUUGUAUGAGCCGAUUAAAUCCUUUUAUGUUGGAGAUGAUUUUGUUGGGGAUAUUUCUCUAUCCAAGAAAAUACUUGCUGGUCUUACAACAGGUGCUAUAGCAAUCGCAGUAGCAAGUCCAACUGACCUUGUGAAAGUUCGACUUCAAGCUGAGGGAAAGCUUCCAGCUGGAGUACCAAGAUGUUAUUCAGGAGCAUUGAAUGCCUACCACACAAUAAUCAGGCAGGAAGGACUGGGGGCUCUUUGGACUGGGCUUGGUCCAAAUAUCGUACGGAAUGCAAUCAUAAAUGCUGCAGAGCUGGCCAGCUAUGAUCAUGUGAAACAGACUAUCUUAAAAUUUCCCGGGUUUUCAGAUAAUAUGUUUACUCAUCUUUUAGCUGGGCUGGGCGCUGGCCUUUUUGCAGUCUGUAUUGGCUCUCCUGUUGAUGUUGUGAAGUCAAGAAUGAUGGGAGAUUCAACGUACAAAAGCACACUUGAUUGCUUCAUUAGAACAUUGAAAAAUGAGGGACCUUUUGCUUUCUAUAAGGGGUUCUUUCCAAAUUUUGGUCGGCUUGGUUCGUGGAAUGUAAUAAUGUUUUUGACAUUGGAGCAGGUCAAAAAGUUCUUUACGAGACAAGCAUGAACCUGAUGAAGCAUUUUGUUCUCAUAGAAUGAAUAAGGUUGGUGCAGCCAAGUGUGGGAACACUUGGGAGGGAGCUCAAGCAAAAUAAAUGCUUAAAUUUAUCAAAUUGCUAUUUUUGCCUGUUUUAAGGCAGAUAUGGAGAUGUUGUAUUGGUAAUAGAAUAAAUAUAUGUUCCUAGUUCUCUGACACAAAAUUUUGUUAUUCUAGAAUCAAAGUGAAAAACUGGAAGUUGUCACUCUUACCAAAAGGGAGUCAAAUUUUGUAUCCUUUGCCGUGCGCACACUGAAACCUUGACUCAUGAUAUUCGAAUUUGAAUAUUCAUUCUCAGUGCUGAAAAAACUUAUUUCCUCGUU